AUGAAAUCCGCGACCAAAGGAGCCUCAUCUUCAACCAAAGGCCUCCUCGAUGAGAAAUCCCAACGCGAGCACGACGACAUAAUGGAGGAACUGCUCUCUCACGGCCGGGACGCGUCUUUCUCCUCCACUCAGAGUGACUCAGAAACCAAAGAACGCGAAGCAAAGGAGAGUGAAGACGAGGACGCUGACCUACUCGCCCAGAUGCACGCGUUUGUGCGCAAGGGAAACGGCGCCGUGCCAUUAGUGGGCGUCGAUGGAACGCCUUUCUCGCCUUACGACUUCAACAACACGGAGGGGAAGCAGCGGCCGUGGAUCAACACCACGUCGAGUGCUAGCACAGGUGCAGAAAUUGCAAUGUCACCCACCGACAUAGAGGCGACAACACCUUUUGGGAGCCGUGGACCGAGCGCAGCAGGCGAUGCGAACUUAGAAGAGAAGGCGAAGCAAGUAUCGCUCGGGUUCGAAGACGACUUCACCGUCUUCGUCUCUGCGCCUCCCGCACAGAAACCACGCGCGCUUAAUCUCGGAGAUGCAGCGUUUGGUGCAGGCGAGGUCGACGGGCCGGACAUCCCCACGCCCACCGCGACGGGCGCUAUUACGACAGAUGGGCUCGGACUAGCGCCCGAGAGCGCCGCACAUCGGAGCGUCUACAGGUCGCUGGGGUCCGUGUCGGACUUUGGCGGUAGCGAUGACGGGAGGGAGCACGAGGCGCCGUACGAGGCGCUUGAGGACGAUGACGGGGAGGAGUGGGAGGAUGUGGAUAGCGACGAUGAUGACGAGGACGAGGAGGGUCUGCCGAGCAAGGAGGAGGUGAAAGAGGCGGCUGCACGGAUAUUCGGGCCUGGGCUUGGUGGCGUCGGUGCCGAAGCAAGCUCGAGCUCGAGCUCAAAGUCAAAUCCUAGUGGCGGGCCUGCGGGCGCUUCAACCUCAACCUCAACCUCGGACUCUGGUCCGCCAGCAGCGAUGCUCGAGCGGAUGAGGAUGCUCGGCCGCAUGGCGGCCCAACAGGACAUCAUGAUGGGCAUGGCCGCGAUGGGAGCUCGCUCAGGUGCUGCUGCUAGCGCACGUCGACCUGGUGGUAGUGCGUCGGUACCGGAAGAUGGGAGCUUCGACCCAGACGCCGGCGAUGGGGAUGAUGGGGAUAGCGGCCCAGGCGUGCGACCGUUCGAUUUGGAGAAGGUCUUUGGCGCACUGCAGCAGUACAAGAGUGAGAUUGCGGGCAUGGCGAACGAGGAAGAACGCAGGCGUGCGGCGGCGAAGGUUGCUCUAGGGCUUGUGUAUGGGCUCGAGGGCGGCAAGCCGUAA